GCACAUUUCUAGAAGAGGCGAUCGUCGCAGCAGCAGCAGCUACCAGAAUUUCUGCUAUCGGUGGCAAAGAGAAGCCAACCGAGCAUCUUCCCAGCGGUAACAACUGGUACCACCUAGCCCGCAGUCUCCCCCUGCUCGCUCUCUAGAAGCUGCCUAAAGCAGCAAGACAGCCUAGGAUAAAUCCUUGCGCAAGUAAUCAUCAUGUCAGACAAGAGUGACUUAAAAGCAGAACUGGAACGUAAAAAACAGAGAUUGGCUCAAAUAAGAGAGGAAAAGAAACGGAAAGAAGAAGAAAGGAAAAAGAAAGAGGUGUGUGUGAUGUCUGUUAAGGCGGAUUCUCAGCAGAAGAAGGAACCACCCCCGGAAGAUUCUGAUUUGGAUCGCAAGAGAAGAGAAACUGAAGCUUUACUGCAAAGCAUUGGGAUUUCCCCAGAACCUCCUCUAGUCCCAACCCCUAUGUCUCCCUCUCCGAAAUCAGUGAGCACCCCCAGUGAAGCUGGAAGUCAAGAUUCGGGAGACUUAGGACCUAUAGGAAGGACCCUGCAGUGGGACACAGACCCUUCAGUGCUCCAGCUUCAGUCUGACUCUGAACUUGGCCGCCGUUUACACAAGCUUGGAAUCUCCAAGAUCACCCAGGUGGACUUUUUGCCCCGGGAAGUGGUAUCCUAUUCCAAGGAGACUCAGACACCGUUGGAUACUCAUCGCUCUGAAGAGGAUGAGGAAGAUGAUGAAUUGGUGGAACUGAAAGCUCAGAAUGAUGCUGAGAUAGAAACUCAAGAAAAGACACAAGAUGUGAAGGAAGCUCCUCCUAGAGAAUUGACAGAGGAAGAAAAGCAACAGAUUCUACAUUCAGAAGAAUUCCUUAUAUUUUUUGACCGGACAAUACGUGUGAUUGAGCGAGCUCUAGCAGAAGAUUCGGACAUUUUCUUUGAUUACAGUGGCCGGGAUAUAGAGGAAAAAGAUAGUGAUGUCCAAGCUGGAGCCAACCUUUCCUUCAGCCGACAGUUUUAUGAUGAGCAUUGGUCUAAGCAUCGUGUUGUCACUUGUAUGGAUUGGUCCCUUCAGUAUCCUGAGUUGAUGGUUGCUUCAUAUAACAAUAAUGAAGAUGCUCCACAUGAACCUGAUGGGGUGGCCUUGGUCUGGAACAUGAAAUUCAAAAAAACAACUCCUGAGUAUGUUUUUCACUGCCAGUCUUCUGUGAUGUCGGUCUGUUUUGCCCGCUUUCAUCCAAACCUAGUUGUUGGAGGAACCUAUUCCGGCCAAAUUGUGCUGUGGGAUAAUCGUAGCCACAGGAGGACACCAGUUCAGCGUACACCUCUUUCUGCAGCUGCGCAUACGCACCCGGUCUACUGUGUAAAUGUCGUUGGAACACAGAACGCUCACAAUCUCAUUACCGUUUCUACAGAUGGCAAAAUGUGUUCUUGGAGUUUGGAUAUGCUUUCAACUCCACAGGAGAGUAUGGAACUAGUAUAUAAUAAAUCCAAGCCAGUGGCAGUUACUGGAAUGGCUUUCCCAACUGGAGAUGUUAACAACUUUGUAGUUGGAAGUGAAGAAGGCACUGUCUACACAGCUUGUCGCCAUGGAAGUAAAGCAGGAAUUGGAGAAGUUUUUGAAGCUCACCAGGGCCCAGUAACAGGAAUCAACUGCCACAUGGCAGUGGGUCCAAUUGAUUUCUCUCAUCUGUUUGUUACAUCAUCAUUUGAUUGGACUGUCAAAUUGUGGACCACAAAGCACAACAAGCCGCUCUAUUCCUUUGAAGACAAUGCCGACUAUGUCUACGACGUCAUGUGGUCUCCUGUGCACCCCGCGCUCUUCGCCUGCGUCGACGGGAUGGGCCGAUUGGAUCUCUGGAACCUGAAUAAUGACACCGAGGUUCCAACAGCUAGUGUGACCAUUGAAGGAACUUCUGCUCUCAAUCGUGUCCGUUGGAGCCAGGCUGGGAAAGAAGUAGCAGUCGGCGACUCUGAAGGACGAAUCUGGAUCUAUGAUGUUGGAGAGCUUGCUGUGCCUCACAGUGAUGAAUGGACUCGCUUUGCACGCACUUUGGUAGAGAUCCGGGCCAACAGAGCUGACAGUGAAGAAGAAGGCACCAUGGAAAUAGCUGCUUAGAAGGAAGCCUAGUUCUUCCCUCCUAUCUGUUGAUGAAAUUUUCAUUGAGCAUUAGUUCAGUACACUGUUGCUAGCAGUGUUUCUGCCAGCAUUACUCAUCAGAUUCUUUCCUACUAAUCAUGCUGUGCGUAGUAGCCUGGAAGUAUUCAAAUAAUUUCAUCUCGUUUCUUCUAGCAAAAGUUAUAAAUAAGAAAAAAAGAAACACAAGAAGGUUUGUUGCUGCCUAGUUGAUUAGUAAUUGCAAUAAGCAGUUAAAAAACUCCUAGGUAAACUUGGGCUCACAACCUUUUUUGGGGGGGGGGCAGUCCAGGUAAAUCUAUAUGAAGUCAGAUUAUGAUUGGAUGCAGAUGUGAUGUGCUUUGUGACCUAGGACUGGGCCAAAGAUUUUAGAUGUGGUGUUUCACAUGGUGACUUAAAUAAUGAAUGAAUUAUGUACUGUAUCAAUACUAUAUAAAUAGGGCUAAUCAUUACUGGUUGCGGUCUGCAUGGAACAUAUUUAUUUGAAAGCAGUAAAGCAUGUGUAUAAUGAAUCAACAUGCAUUGCCUUCCCAUGCAUGCUGGAAUAAUCUUGAAUUCCAAAAUAACAAUUACAGGCAAUCACUUUGUAAUAAAAUGGUAUUUGUAAUAGGCUGAAUAAAUCAAACUUUAAAAAUACUUGUGAUUUCCUGGCAGUUAAAUAUUUCAUGUUGGACACAGAAAUUUGUUACAAAUCAAUAGUAACCAUCUGAAUUGGGCUGCAAUUGCUGUUACUACUAAGUCAAUGUUGCAAAGUGUGCUGUAGCUAUGUGUUACUGUUUUUGUAUUAAACUUAUCUCUAACAGUAAAUGAGAGUAUUUGAAUAAAGAGGCUUAUAUAGUUGUAA